AAAAACGUGACGAGGCAGCCUAAGAGCUGUUAUGCAACCGCUGACCUACUAACACAUAUCUCUAGAAAGGGAGCCGGAGAAACUGGAGCAAAGUGUCCGGCAGCACACAACACACAGGCAGCCCGAGCCAACACACGGGAACAGCACCCAGUCUGACUCAACCACCACGGACCCGAGCACCGGCAGGAGAAGGAGGCGAAAACCUCUCGGCUUUUUUUUCGGGGAGGUUUCUUCUAACGACAAAAGGAAAGGAAAGGAGGAAACGGGAGCGAGACAGCUUUUGUGUCGGGGAAGCCUGCAUCUUUUUUUUCUUCUCCGCCUGCUCCAGGGCAUGAAAAGUUAGUGGUCAGCAAACAACACCACAGAAGUUGGAUCCUCAGCGAGCCCUGAACUACAAGGACGGACCUACAUCCUCUGGAAGACACACAGAGAAAUAGUGCAGUAGCUUGACUGGCAUCACAGCUCUGCUGAAGAUUGAGGAAGACGCCGAUAAACUCAAAAUUACCCGCAACAAGACUUCGGAGACUGCUCUGAUCUGAUUGCCAGGGCAGCUGAAAGACUCUUUGCUGAAAAUACAAACUUGUUUUAUUUUUUUGGUUCCUUGUUCUGAACACUAGUUCAAUGUCUGAGGUUUUUGUGGAGUUCCACCUCUUUUUGAUCUUCUUGGCUAAUAUGGACAUAACGUUUUGAUCGAGAAAAUAAGUAACUGAAAUCAAUGAGGCUAUCCCCUUUAAGGAGCACAAUUACCUCAUCAAGAAGUUUUUGCCGAUCCUACAACUUAGGUCAAACUACUUAGUAACAAAGCAGAAGGCUCAUAUAGUUUGACAUUUGUUUCCCUUUCCCCUUUACCCUUUGCUAGAGUUACACUCUUGCCCCAGCUGGAAAAAAAAUGGAAAGUCUGAGUCUACACAUUCCAUCCACCAGCAACAAAAAUGCCAUGGAGGUCGAUACUUUUUCCUCCUACAGUGGCAGCAUCCCAUCCCCGACUCCUGAAGGUGGAGGGCGGGUCAGCCGCCAGUCUAAAGGCUCCAAGUCCAGUGCGAGCUGCCGUCGCAAGCGAGAGUUUAUUUCUGAUGAGAAGAAAGAUGCUUCCUAUUGGGAAAAACGAAGGAAGAACAAUGAAGCAGCCAAGCGCUCAAGGGAAAAGCGUCGCCUCAAUGACAUGGUGCUGGAGAACCGGGUCAUGGCGCUGAAUGAGGAGAAUGUUCGUAUAAAAACGGAGCUCCUCCAGCUCAAGUUGCGCUUUGGCCUCAUCAGCACAGCCACCUACAUGGAAAAAAGUCAGCAGAUCGCCAACAGCGCUGCUAGUGCCAACAGUAGUAGCGGGAGCAGCAAUGGCACCCCAAAUAGUAAUGCCUACCUCUCAAGCAGCGGCUACUCCAGUGCAUCCCAGGUGAUGCUGAAUUCGGACUCAUCUGAAACUGAACAGUCGAGCCGCGAGCGCCACAGCAUGCUCCACCAGUACUCUCCCCGGGGCUCCGACUCUGACAUGUCUGACGGCUCCUCCAGAGACAGCCCAGAGCCCAUGGGCUUCAACAUCAAGACAGAGCCCUCAAGUAUGGAGAUGGCCAGACUGGAAAGCAACGGGGUGUCCAAUGGUAUGCAAAGUGGGGCUUACCAUGCCAACCACACUGCACUGGUUUCUCCUCACCAGCAGAACGUGCCAUUGGCUGAAAGUGUCAUGGACUACCAGCACCACCAACAGCAGCAGAGCCACAUAGAGGCCUCAAGUCCAGCGCCUCAGGUCGCCUCUGCACAGAGGAGCGUCAUCUUGUACCGCUCCAGCAGCGGCUGUUACCCCAUGGAGACCCAGAGGCCCGAGGACCAGCAGAACAGACCACUGCAGCCUGACCAGCACUCAUCGACCUCCAAGUUCUCUGACUGCUCAGUGACCAUCACAGAGGUGGCUGAGAAACUAGAGAAGACAAAUACAAUGGACUCACCUCAGUACGAAUACACAAAUGAUAAUGCAGAGGCCACAGAGGAGCUGCAGCAAAGGUACAAUCCCAACGGCCAACAACAGCACGAGAGCCAUCACUACAGCUACCAGAGUCAGGAGGGAAGCCUUCAGCAUGAAGAAAGCCACCUGAACCCCUUUGCCCCGGAUCUGAUCAACAACACAGAGGAGGGCAAGUCCUCCUUCCCACAGCACAACGGCUACCUCAACACGCUGCACGAAGACCCCCCCGUGCUCACCUAUGAGGGAGGCCCGCGAGCCGCUGGUUUCUUCCAGGAGAACUCCUCCACUAAAGACACCUCAUCUAGUGAUGGUGACCCUCGUAGCUCUGAUAAGGAGGGCUCCACAGACGAUGAGUCCCCCUCCUCUUCCUCCUCAGACAUCACCAGCUUCCAUCAGAAGGCAGUGGGAGCUGCCGGUUCGCAUGGCGAGUUCCAAGCGGAGGUCAAAGGCACUGCCCUGCCCCACAAGCUCCGCCUCAAGUACAGAGCUCUGUCCAAUGGGGCAGCAGGACUGCAGAUGGAGGCAACAGUCAACACCUCCAUGUCCCCCUCUCCCACUUUGCCUCAGCACCCUUACUUAGCUCUCCCCAGCAACCCUCACAGCACCCAGACCAACGGGGAGAGCAAAGAGGUGGAGAAUGAGACUGAGUAUGCGGAGGAGGUAAAUUCUCUAAAUGAGAGGGAGGAGGCUAGAAAGGAGGGAGGGAAAAAGGGAUCCAGCAGCAGCAGCAGGGGUGGGCGCAACAAGAGGUGAGAUUAAGGACAAAUGGGAGCAUUUUCAUGAUUCACAUCGCCACCUUACAAGACAGACAGUUCACCUGUGUGAGGUGCAGUUAGGAUGUGAUUUCACCAAGUUUCACUGUCACGUGUUCCUCUUCCCUUUGCUCUUCUCCUACCUCCCAUCUACCCCUCUAAUGACAAUGAUGGAUCACUUAAUGAGGGAGGGGCCAGAAUGAAACUCCAGAGCAGGAGUCUGGAAUAUUUCCCUUGAGGAAAAUUCAAACAUUAUUCAAUUAUUCAUUAUUGUAAACUGCCUUGGUGGCUGGCCAGCGUUUUUAGUCGCAUUACGGGAACAUUCCUUUGACCAAAGAAUACACAUCCCUCCUGUAGCGUCAAAGAGUUACAUUCUUCCUUCCUCUGAACACACCUGUACCAUUUGACCCUCCACCCUCUUACCAUCUGCACAUACAAUUCCCCUUCACUUCUGAAGCACUUAGAUUGUAUAUUACUGUGACAUAAAUUUGCAUAUAAGGAAUAUAUAUUUUAAGAAGAAAAAUGUGGCAAAAAUAACAAACAAAAAAAUAAAGCAGUGGGAUGCGGAAUUCAUAGACUUAAAAGUGAUUUCUUUGUUCUUGUUGAGACACCUUGUAUAGAUGCUGUCUGUCUCUAAAAUGACUCAAAGACUUUGAGCCACAACUUGUUAAAAAAAAAAAGAGAAAGGUACACUUUUUCAGGUGACAUGAGUUAUUUGACACUCAAAGUUGUCAAAACAGUCAAGGUCAAUUAUUCGCAUAUCAGUCAAGGCCACGCAGUCACACAUUGCUGUUUGCAAAACCUGACAAGCACAAGGCAAGCCUCGCCUGCCAGCCGUUCAACGAAAAUCAAUACAUCUUCAUUUCCAGACAAAUAUUGUCCAAUAAAUAAAAUGUCUCUCCAGUCGCAAACCAGCAAAGCUGCUCUCUCUUCAUAUGGUGCCUCUUUAUUAUUUUGUCCCAACUUGGCCGAUGUCUUAACAGUCCCACUCACCUCUGCACUGAGUUGUUUUAGCUACAAUGUGUACAAGUUUAACUGUUUCACGUUCUGGUGCCUGCCUCUGGCCACUAUGUAUAAAUGUAAAGUUGUCUCUCUAUCUCUUGUAUACUGCUGUCAUUAUUUUAUUAUUAUUUUAUUAAUAUUGUUAUUUUUUAUUAUAUUCGUUUAUUAUUUGGGCUAUUAUUAUGUGCAUUUUUCUGUCAACCUGUUGUGACAUUUUGCCCUACACUCUUCCUGGUUGUGCUGUGUAUUUUACCCAUGAAGCCCUUUUGCCCCAGUUACCAUUUGUACUCUGUGUUACCGUAUAACCUUUGUUGUUUGCCAAAAGGCUUUCCGAAAAUGAAAAAAAAGAAAUUUGAACAAGGCUUGUCCAGAAGUGAUUAUGUAUUGCUAUACUUCAUGUGGAUAUGCAAAAUGGUUACAAAAACACACAUUUUUGAUUGUGAAAGAUUCAAAAUGGAGAAAAAAAUAAACGGUUGUUGAAUUUA